UGACGGUGUUUCGACAUGAUCAGUGGGAGGGACUAUACAGUUUAGUAACAUAUACACACACACCACAGAAAGAGGAAAUGAUCAAACACAAGACCGCUGGAGGCAGAGAUGUUGAAAUUACACAGAUAUGCUUUUUUUCAAAAUUUCAUUUCCACAAAAGUCUCUCAGUAGUGGACUGGAGUUUGGUUGAACAUCAGUGAAGGUUUAGUUCAGUACAGAAUGAACACGCUCCUCAUCAUCAUCAUCAUCACCUUCUACCUGAUCUCAGGUCCAGUGCACUGCUCUGAUGUGAUUGGUUAUCCUGGAGGUCGUCUCAUAAUUUACUACAAACACUCAGUUAGUUUCAGAUCUUCUGUGUAUUUUUGCAGAAGGAAAACACAAACAGAGUGUAAAGAUUUAAUAGUCGCUCGGGGAGAACAGUUACACACAGGGGUUCAUCAGGACAGAUUUACUCUGUUUACCUUUGAGGAAGUCAUUAUAUUAAUAUUCAGAAACCUGAGUUUACAGGAUACAGGAGUGUAUCAGGGUGGAGAGACUGGAGUGUGGAGUCAGAACUUUAACCUGAAAGUGAACAGAGAUCCAUGUUGUAGUCAGAGAAAAACAGUAAAAGGUUAUUUGGGACGGACUGUGAGAAUCAGCUGCUCCUAUCCAGUAGUGUUUGCAAAAAGCAUGAAGUUCCUUUACAAACUGAAUCGUCUCUCUGAAACUGAAGUGAUCAGAACCAGAGGAUCAGAACAGCAUCAGGACGCCAGAUUCUCAAUUUCUGAUGACACGAGGAAUAAAGAGUUCAGUGUGAACAUCAGUGAUGUGGGAGAAGAUGAUGGGGGAGUUUAUUCCUGUGCAGUCAGUAAUGAAGAAACUGAAGUCAUUUAUCACUCGCUCUUCACUGGAAUUCAGCUCCAAGUUACUGAAGGAACAGAAGACACAACAGAGAAUCCAGGAGGCAGAUCGGAAUCAGCUGAGACAGAAGGAACAGAAGACACAACAGAGAAUCCAGGAGGCAGAUCAGAAUCAGCUGAGACAGGUUCCUCUAUUAUCAUCUCUGUGCUGGUGUGUGUGAUCCUGCUACUGGGUGCUGGAUUAGUGCUGAUGAUCUACAAGCAGAGACGGAGCAAGUCACAAGGUUGCCUGGACGCGAAUGAAAUAGAAAGACUUUCAGAAAUUGCCUGCUCUGAGAAAACUGAAGAUUCUGAAGCAACAGUCUAUUACUCGAUCAUUCCACUAUCCUCACACCUCUCUGAUCCCUUAAACACUGUCUACGCUACUGCAGAGUUACCCACAAUCCCCUCUGAUCCUCCUAACAAUGCGUACGCCACUGCAGAGUUACCCACAAUCCCCUCUGAUCCUCCUAACAAUGUGUACGCCACUGCAGAGUUACCCACAAUCCACAAUGUGUACGCCACAGUGAGCAAAAUGCAUAGAUGAGAUUACUCAGUCCUGAAUAAACUGUAAUACACAUUGCACAGUUUGUUUUGUUUUUAAAAAUUGCACAUAAAAAUCCUAUGUUUUAUUCAUUUUAAGGUAAAAUUAUUAUUCAGUGAUGUGGCAUGUAAUGAUGGUUGUGUUUAUCCCUUAAAUUGAAACAAUAAUUUUUGGUCGUUCUAGAGUGUGAAUUUUCUGAUGUCUUUAUAACAGACAUUUUAUUCGAAUACAAUGUAUUUUCACAAUGUGGCUGUUUUUAAGUACACACUCACUCACUCACUCACUUAUAGGGGUGGGUAAUUUCAAUUUAUAGUUAUAUCUUUAUUUUGUAGGUUAAAAUAUCAAGCAGAAUUUUCUUUUUAUAAAGUUGCUUUGCAAAAGUAAACAUUGUUAAACGUGCUAUAUAGAACAAACAAACAAUCAAACAAAUACAGUGAAACCUCGGAUUGUGAGCAUAAUUCUUUCUGGAAGUGAGCUUGUAUAUCAAAACACUCGUAAACCCCAUAAGUUCCCUAUAAGAAUUUCCCUAUAAGAAAUAAUGAAAACUCAGAUUAUUCGUUCCACAACCCUAAAAAAAUAAAUACAUAAAAAUAAUAAAUACAAAAUAUAAAGUAAAAAUUAAACAAAUUAACCUGCACUUUCAUGGAGUUUGCAUGUUCUCCCCGUGCUUGGUGGGUUUCCUCCAGGUACUCCGGUUUUCUCCCACAGUCCAAAGAUACUGUAUGCAGGCUAGGCUAAUUGGUGUUUCCAAAUUGCCCGUAGUGUGUGGAUGGGUGUGUGAGAGUGUGUAUGUGUGUGUGCGCUCUGCGAUGGAUUGGCAGCCUGUCCAGGAUGUACCCUGCCUCAUGCCCUAAGCCUCCUGGGAUAGGCUCCAGGUCCCUGCAACCCUGAAUACAGGGUAAAGCCGUAUAGACGGUGAGUGAAUGAGUAAGUGAACCUGCACUUUACCUUUAAAAAAAAGGAAAAAUAAAUCCAGACAGAUAAGUGUUUCUAUUAGUGUUUGUCUGCGCACGUGCUGUGUAUAUGUGUGUGUUUGUGGUCGCAAGCGCUGUGUAUGUGUGUGUUUGUGUGCAUAUGUACUGUGUGUGUUAACACCCUCUCCCUCUUCUCGUCUUACACCGUAACCUCUGUUUGAGAGUAGGCAGGAACUACUGUGCAGCACAGUUUUCACACACACACUAACCGAAACACUGCCUCAGAAACGUCUCUAACAAUCGAUUGAGCGACACACUAACAGAAUUACUGCUGUAAAGUUGAAAUAAAACUAAUUGACCUGCACUUUACCUUUGAAAAGAAUCGCGAAGGGCGGAGUCUUUGUUACUAUGUGUGUGUGUGUUGUGUAUGUGUGUGUAAAGCCAAAAGGAGGAGGGAUGUGUGUGAAGGGGCACGGUGUCUAAUGACCCGCAGAGACACAUAACGGAGUCAGUGCAAAGGCUGAUACAGAGUGAUGGACAAAAUAAAUCUUUAACCUCUCUAAUGAGACUUUCUUUUGCUUUACACACGUGUGUUAUAAUAAACAGUACAUGCAUGGUGUACACACACGCAUACAGACGCAAAAUAAACAGUGUUAUAGUAAACAGUACACACGUGCACGGAUGUUGAUUAUACCAGUAAGAGACGCUCACUAAGACCCAGCAGGGGAGACGAUUACCCACAAUGCCGCAGCACAAGAGAGAGAAAUACCGUUGGCUCAGUUGUGAUCACGUGACGCUCUGCCUCAAAACAAGAAGCGCAUGCGUGAUACAUGAUACUCAAUUGUAACAGGCGGUUGCCUACUUACGGGCUUCCGGCCAGCCGGGGGCGCAGUGAGGGCUUUUUAAUUUUAAUUAAUAAAAGAAGAAGAGAGGCUGGGCCUAGGAAACAGCAGCCAUUACACAGCUAAGAGCUGAAUGCCAAUAGCUAAAAGCUAAAUGUUAUGUUAACCCAAAUGCGGGAUAUGUUUUUAUCCAAUACGCAUUUGGCUGUUUCCUCGGGAAACUACAUUGGCAGCAGUGUGCACGCGGGGCCGCAUAUUCGGCUGCAUCCGCGCCACCAUUAAAGGGACGCCACUCACUGAGGACAUCGGGCGUGGAGUGGGACGUUCUCUAGUUCUGUGUAUUUGAUUUAUGGACUUUGUGUUGAGAGAGAAAAGACUCUAAAAUCUCAGCAAAGCUAUGGGCUGGGUGAAUGUGGUAUGAGUGGCAUGCGUGUGACUGGUGUAAAUAUAGCACAACAUGAAUGUAAAUACACUUGGAAUAUCUAAUAUUGUUGCAAUAAAUAUUUACUAAACAUCUUUGCUUGUGUUGAGGAG